AUGCAUAACGAACAAUCUAAAAACAAUAACAAUCCAAUAUUUACACCAACGGACUUUUACAAUGAAUUGCAAUCGUUACCGCUGAAAUUCGAAAAAACAGAUACUCAACAAGAUUGUAAUGAAUUCUUAUUGAAAUUGUUUAAUAUUAUUGAAAAACCAUCAAUAUUAUCCGAAGUUUUUGAAUUUAAUAUUAAACGUGUUACUCAAUGUGAAAAUUGCAGAUCAUCACGCACUUCAGAUGAGCCUCAAAAUAUCCUUGAAUGUCCUGUACCAGAAAAAAAUGGUGAACUAUCGGAUUGUUUAAAUAUUUAUUUCAAAGAAGAGUAUUUAACGGGUAAUACUGCAUAUGACUGUCAUUCAUGUCAAUCUAAACAGAAUGCCAAAACUAAAAUGGGAAUUAACUCAUUACCAAAAGUUUUAUUAAUUUCACUCAAACGAUUUAAAGCAAAUGGUCUAGAAAAAUCACACUUUGCUGUUAAAUAUCCAGAAAAAUUAUGUAUUAAGCAAUGGUUAAGUGAAGAUUAAAAACUAUUAAAUGAUUUGGAAAAGCAAGUUCAAUUUCAGUUUUGUGAAAAUGUAUAUCCUGAACAAAGACGUUUUUCAAAAGCUGAUGCGUUUGGGAAAUUGGGUUCAAAUGAGUCGAAAGCCUCAAGGCGUCUUUGGAUUAAAGGAGAAUUGAAUACAACAGAUCAAAUCAGUUAUCCAAAGCUAAAAUUAGGCAUUCCUCCUAAAUAUCACAAUAAUUCUUGGUCACUGAAAGUGCAUACUGUUACGGAAAACAAUGGAACUAACGGAAUACAUUAUUUACAGUUGGAAAAAAAGAUUUUAAAAGAUCAAAGUGGUCAAAAAGAUCCAUUAAUCAAUUCAAUUGAAAUCAAGAUAAAACAAGCAGAUUUAGAAAAUGGUUCUCUUACGUAA